UUGAAGUUUUCUUGUGAAUGUUUCGUUUACUUUUCAGUUUGGACAAGCACAAUUGGUCGCAGUCAUACUAACUUUGUCGGCAGCAUUGCUGACACCUUGAAAGAAGAUGGUCACAACGUGAAGGAACAAGUUUUCAAUGUGGUUUUGGGACUUAAUGUUCUCGAUUUUGCUAAAAUGCAACUCUUUGCUUACAAUGUUUGCAAAGGAAUUCUCGGCGAUUCCUUGUUGAUAGGAAAACUGCGAGAAUCUCGAUACGAUAUCGGCAUUUUCGAAAUGUUUCAUAGCUGUCCCGCGGGCAUUCCCAAAACAAUGCUUGUCUCAGCGAUUGGCAUGGGUUAUCAUCACUACCGCCUUCUCGGUAUGGAAAAGCAGACUAGUUUCGUUCCGGGCUGGUUGUUCGCCAACAUUUGCGAAUAUUCUGAGCAAAAUCUGUUUAACAGUAUGUUUCCAGGAUUUCCGCGACUACACAAUUUGAUUCAGGAAUUUGAACGAAUUGUUUCCAAGAGCUCUAAAGGUGUCAUUCUUUUUUCUCUUGGCUCCUUGGUAAAAUCAAGCGAUAUGCCCAUGGACGUCCGUCGGGCAUUCACUGAAGCAUUUCAAUCAUUCCCAGACUACGUGAUCCUGUGGAAAGAAGACAGGAAAUUCAACAUCACAAACUCGAAUAUUUUCUACUAUGAUUGGAUUCCACAGGUGGAUCUUUUAGCUGACGGGCGAGUGAAACUGUUCAUAACCCACGCUGGAAUGAAUUCAAUCCAAGAAGCGCUUCUCUUCGGUGUUCCAAUGGUCACUGUUCCUCUAUUCGCGGAUCAGUAUACAAACGCGGCAGUAGCAGAAGAGCGCGGUUUCUCAGUCACAUUGAAUAAGCUGUCUCUUUCGCGUGAAGACAUCAUUAAGGCCAUCAAUACCGUACUCGGAGAUAAUGCAGAAAGAUUAAGACAAGGAGCAGAAUACAAUCGAUCUAAAGGAUUUGCAGAAGUCCGCAUCAGAAAAGGCAACAUCGCAAUAAUAAUCGUUGGUGCGCUCAUCGCGUUCAUCGGAGCGAUUCACCUUGGCGGACCCUCGAACUUUAGGGAUGGCCAGAAUAGCUGCAGAAUUUUUCGAAUUUGUCAGCAAAUUGUCAUUGUUGGCGAAGAGUUGAUGACGUUGUCCGACGAUUUCAAGCCCCAUCAGUCGAGGACAACAAUUUGUUGGUUUAGCGGGCGACCGGCCCUGAACCGCUAA